CAUCAUACAUAUAUCCUAUAGCUCUGAACAUGGCCUCUCGUCGCCUCCCAGCCUUUGUCUUCCCACUUUUGCUUUUCACUUUCUCGCUUAUGUGCUCCAAAACACUGGUCCAAGGAGCUCGCUGUCUUCUCGAGACUCAAGUGCCUCAGGUGCCUGAGCUUCCAAAGCCUGAAUUGCCCCAUCUUUCUAGUCUUCCAACCUUGCCAAAGCCUGAACUGCCACAACUGCCGAAGGCCGAGCUGCCACCAUUGCCAAAGCCGCAGCUUUCACAACUGCCAAAGCCAGAGUUGCCACAUUUGCCUAAGCCAGAAUUGCCAUCAUUGCCUAAGCCCGAGUUGCCACCAUUGCCUCAUGUACCAACUUUGCCAAAGCCUGAAGGCCUCAAGUUAGCUGAACAACCCCAUCUCUCAACCAUGCCUGAGCUUCCACCAUUGCCAAAGCAGGAGGAGCUGCCAUCAUUGCCAAAGCCCGAACUCCCAUCCCUUCCGAAUUUCCCAAGUUUUCCAAAGCCUGAGUUACCAACACUACCUAAUCCGGAAAUGCCAACUUUACCUCCACUGCCUCAUCUCCCCGAGCUCCCUAAGACUGGAUUGCCCACCAUUCCAACCCUCCCGAAAGACAAAACCAUCCUUCCUUGAUCUGCAUGCACAUGCAGUUCUUCAUGAUGUCUGGGCAGAACCUAUACUAUUGGCAUAUAUAUGUUUAAUCAUGUACCUUGCUACCUGUAUUACAUCAGUACUUGUUAUUAUAUAUACCUAGCCUGUUGGCCGGAUUGUUAUUCUUCAUUUAGUCAUAUUUUCAUCUAUGGUUGUAUACUUGUUUCUGUUCUGCUCCGAGGAUUAUUAAUAGUCACCUCUAAUUAAUGUUCUUUAAUUAAUUACCA